AUGGAGCAGCACCUGCUGCUAUAUCCUCCCACAUCCAUUGGAGUGCUCACCUCACAACUCGGCUUCCGAUGUCAUAAGCAGUUGAGCUCUCGUCAAGGCAACAUACCUGAGAGGUUACCACACAAUCCGAAAAGGAAGCAUAGCCGGAUAGCCAUCUAUACCUGCACAUCUAUAGCCGAGGAGAUACCUGUCAUUCAGACAUCAACCAACACAUAUAUGGAGUCACACAUUCCCGCAACAAUGUUCAAAGAGGGUAUUCUAUUAGAGCUUCUUAGUAAUAUUAUAACUGAGAUGAAAAAAUAUGUUGGACAUGAUUUCAAAACUAUCUUCAGCAAUGUAAAAGUUAAUAGAAUAUCUGAGUGAUGAUAUGUUCGAAGAUCAUCAUGUGGGAAAAGAAUUUGCAAGAAAACUUA